UCAACUUCUGCUAGUGGGGAGGCGCCACGCUAAAAAGCAAAACUCGAAAAGGAAUCUGGUUGUCUGGUGGAAUCGUGACCGUUUCUCGUCGGGAAAUUUCAUCGGAAAGUUUUGGUUCGUCCGUGGCGAGUGGCGUCGCGACGCCCCAGUCCGCGCCGCGCCGCGCCACGCCGUGCUGUGUCGUGCCGUGUGGUGCCGUGCCGUGCCGUGCCGUGCCGUGUUGUGCCGUGUCGCGCCGCUCUUCUACCUAACGCGAAAGUUAAAAGCUGAUCGCAAGAAUGGAGGAGUCCGGGAUCGACAUGGGUUUCGAUCUGGCGGCUAUCACCGCGGAUUUGGAGCAUCGCGAGGCGAAUCUCUGCGAUCGGAGAUAUCAGGAGAAGCAGAACGGUGUCGUUGGUAUCGAGGAGCAGGCUAACUUUGAGAAACACGGUAGCAGAAAUGACAACAACAACCACGAGGAUUGGGAACAAGCCUUGUCCUUUUUGUCCACACCGUUGCAAGACAUCAUGUACUACGAAUUAAAGAGUCGAGCACCGAAUAUCGACAGUCCACCGACGUUCAAGACUGCGACGCCCACUUCGCGCACACAAUUGAAGCUCCAGCUGAUGCGAGAGCAGCUGCAGGAGCAGGAGAGGCGAGAGGCAGAAUUUCGUCAGAACUUGCAGCAACAGAGACCAACGGCUGCUCCUCCCAGACCAGUACCCUCUACGCCGCUCUCAACUAUCGGGGUAGACGUGCCACCGCAAGUCUUGCAAGUACGCACGUUACUGGAAAACCCGACGCGCUACCACGUCGUUCAGAAGCAGAAGAAUCAGGUGCGGCAAUACCUUCACGAAUCGUUUCGCGGUGGCAGCGACGGUGGCAGCGAGGGUGGCGGCGGCGGUGGCGGUGGCGGCGGCGGUGGUGCCGGCACCGACACCGAAGACCUCCUCGGGCGCAACUCGGUGCCGCCGCCGAUGGUCGUCCAAAGCGCACCACCGGGACCAACGGUGCACCAUCCGAAGCCGCAGCAUCCUCAUCUGGCCUCCUAUCCACACGCUCCCACGGUGCUGAACCCGGUCGCGGCCAGUCCGGAUCCAAUCACCGGCGCCAUGUCACCGGGACUCUCCAGUGUCGCAACCAGCAAUUCCGAGGCGGAGGAUCUUCUCGACGACAUUUUGUCGUUCGAAGCUGGCUCUUUGGGCGACAAUUUGAAGGACGGCCAAUCAGCGAGUCUAACCAAUAUUCCAGAGCUACAAAUCAAGCCGGAACCUCUGUUACUUACGGAGGCGGAGAUACACGCUCUUGCCAAAGACCGACAAAAGAAAGACAAUCAUAACAUGAUCGAGAGACGGCGACGGUUCAACAUCAACGACAGAAUCAAGGAGCUCGGCACUCUCUUGCCUAAAACCAACGACCCAUAUUACGAAAUCGUCCGAGACGUCAGGCCGAACAAGGGCACGAUCCUCAAGUCCUCGGUCGAGUACAUAAAGCUGUUGAAAAACGAGUUGACAAGGAUGAAGCAAAACGAGCUCAGGCACAAGCAAUUGGAACAUCAGAAUCGUCGACUCCUCUUACGCGUUCAAGAGCUCGAGCUCCAAGCUAAGGCGCACGGGCUUCCGGUUUCCGACUUCAAUUGGGCCUCCACUUCCGCUAACGUGCUCAACGCAUUUCCUCGAAACAAGCUCGAGCAACGCAAGAUUCCAGAACUGGUUGCCGAAGAAGCAGCGGGCUUGAGCAUGUCGCAACUCGACGAUCUGAUGGAGGACGACGGGAGCGGUCCGAUUCACAGCGGCGAUCCGAUGCUCUCGUCGCCGCAUCUUCCACCGCUGAGUCCUGCACCGGCCGGCUGUCAACAUGGCCUACCAGACGAGGACACCCUCGGCAGUUUAGCACCGACCACGCCCAAUUCCUCCUCCGACAUGGACAUUGUCGCGUAGCACCGGACCUCCGACGACAACCCAUCACUGAAGACACGUCGCGAGCACACACCUAAGGGCAGAACAGUCGCUAGCAACCGCGAAAGCGAAAGACAAAAUAGAAGAAACGACGACACGCCAACGUCACCGUUUCCAUUCAACGCUAACGCGCGCCCCUUCUUCUUGUCUUUUCUCCAUCAACGGCUGGCCGUUAUUACCUAUACGUGGAAUGGAUGUACGUUCAAACGAAAUACGUGCGAACGGAUACAUAUUUAGUAGUACAUAUAAAGAAUCCCCCGAAUUGGACGCCGGUUCGCGACCAAGAAUCGCUUUAUAAUCUAACUAAAAUUAAUCGCGGACCACAGAGAUUUUCUAGGUCAAGUUAGUGUUCCAUGGGCCUCGGACACGCAUACAGCAUAUGACGGACACUCGUGCGGGUCGCGAGUUCCACACACCGACGAACAAAACGAUCAAAUACUUUUCUAAUUCGUCUAAGAAUAUCGGAAAGAUGCGUCGACCGCUUCUUUCUUCCAUUUCCUCAACUUUCAACUUCUUCGGUUCUAUCCCACGCCACAUUUUCUUCGCACGCACGCACGCACGCACGCACGCACGCAAACACACUCGCACUCUCUCCUACUCUCUCCUACUCUCGCUUCCGAACCAAGAACUUUCUUCGAAGAACUACAUAGUCGCAAGCGUUAUACGUAUAUAAGUAUGUGUAGGUAUUUGUCGCGAACAAUAUCCAGAGAGAACGGCUAUGAUACAAUCGUUGGUUCGUUGGUUCGUUCGUUCCCUCGAAUCGGAAACCGACGACGAUUCGCGCAACGCGAUGUGCCAUGCAACACGUUCCAAGAUAUCGACGUACAUACAAUAUGUAUAAAUUACUAUGUACAUAUAACUUACUUAUGUACUUGUGUACACUGACGCUAGCGCUGAACGAAGGUGGUUCGUUAACAUUACGGACGGAAAGAUUUAGGUAACUGACAAUUAAAGCGAACGUGUAUACUGUGAACUAGGCAGGAAAUCACGCACGCGCGUGUAUAGGGGAAUGUGCGUGUGUUUGUGUGUGUAAGUGAGUGAGUGUAUUCUUUUCCCAAGUAUUUUGCGUCGGAAAC